AUGUCCAACAAGUAUUGUGAACCUCCCCCACCUUUCACUGAGCUUAGCAACAAUCCCAACUCAGUCCCAGCGGGGCCUCACUAUGGCUCCCUGGCUAAACACUCGCAGGAAGAACAGAACCAGCCACCUGUUCCAAACAAGUGCCACAAUCUCAUUCGUUGUGCUAUCAGAAAAGAUGGUGUCCUCACAUACUUGGCCAAUGAAAAACAUGAUGAUAUCCACAAUGAGCAAGGUUCAAAGGAUAAUUUCCUACUCAACAAAUCUUUGUUUAUUCAAGUUCCCAAAAAGUUCAUAUGCAAUCUCAUACAGGAGAAGUGGCAAGCAGAGGAGGCCCGUUGCUUGGCCCAGAGGGAGCUCAAGCUCCUCCAGGUUAAAACUCGCCAAUUUGAACCCAAGUAG